GCCUUUCGCUGUAGUGACUGUUUAACAUUUGCAUACCUACCUACGACUCACAACACAACCAUGGCGCUUUCAGGAAGAGAUUCUUUGCUACGAUGCUGUCGCAGCGCAUUCAAUCAAGCGUCUAGAGAUGCGCGCAUAUUCUACCCUCGCCGCCAACUAUCGCUGUCCACCCGCCCGUCACAACUAUCGCCACGAUCAGUCUCCGUUCCUCGAUUUGCGCCUUUCUCCAAGAAAGAUAUCCUCCUGUCACCGAACGCUCGAGCAUUCAGUGCAUCAAGUCAACUUGCGACCAAGGCUAUAAUCAACCCGCGAAAGAACGAGAACGGCGAGGACAUGGUGAUUGACAUCUUGCCUCGCGCUGUCAAUCGGCUACACGCCAUCUCCACGAAAGAGAACAACCCUUCACUCUGCCUACGAGUCGCAGUAGAAUCAGGUGGCUGUCACGGCUUCCAAUACCUCAUGUCCACGACAACGCUAGAAGAGAUAUCCAAGGAAGAAGAUACUGUAUUCGAGUCAGAAGACGGCAAGGGAGCCAGGGUAGUCAUCGACGAGCCCAGUCUUGAGCUUCUCAGUGGCAGCAAGAUUGACUAUACCAUGGAGUUGAUUGGCAGUCAGUUCAAGGUGACGGGCAUUCCGGGUGCUACCAGCAGUUGCGGUUGUGGAUCCAGUUUCGAUAUUCAGGCAUGAGGAAGAACUAAUGAAGGAAAAAUGAAAUCAAUGUUUCAGGUGGCAUUGGAUGCUGCAGGUCGUAACACCCUGCUCACAUUUUGAUCUUGUAUCUUUAUUCAACGUGUGAUCAAGGUAGUGAGCGGAGUUCGAAAAGACCACUACUCAGAUCUAAUCAUGGUGAAAGUGAUGUGGAUAUCUCGCAACUCGAAAUAGAGCAUCCAAGCAUUAAAAUUGGAGGAUGAGACAUGUCGAAACGGGAAUGACGCCAGGCCAACUUUUCGCGAUGAUCCAUCAGGUCAGCUCUGGAUGUGGAUGAUCAUGUAGGUGUUGGGAAAAGAGCAGCUGCAAAAGUCGAUCAAGAUUCUUCUAGAUUUGAACGACAGUUCAUUGGUUUGGC